AUGCCUUCGGUAGACAUGCGCAGCUUCUCCGGCUUUGGCGCAACCUGUUUGGCUGAAGUCAACCACUUCUUUGGAAUUUCGAUAACAUUAGCUCUGCAAGUGAAAAAUAGUGCAAAGGUUCAUUAUAAACGCCCCGAUAAUGGAUUCUUAAACAUAGGGCAUAUCCAAUGGCCGUACCGGGGUUUGAACUCCGGACACCUGACAUGCAAGGCAAACGUGUUACCACUAUUCCACCAACGCACGUUGGACGCAUCUGAAUUCUCACGUCUGAACGGGCGAGUGUGUUUACGCUUGAGCGAUGUAACUGAGGGAAACUCGAGUCCAGUGCUUCCCACCCUUUGGUAUGGAUUCACCAAAAUAGUUGCGCCAGAACAGGAGGACGACUGUUCAAACGAGAGUGAUGUGAAUGUGGACAAUACACAUCCCGCAAACCCCAUAAAAUUACGAAGUGUUUCGACAUUACUGGCUAUGAUGCUCCUUAAAAAAAUAUUUGCAGAAGGCGAAGUUGUUGACGCGCUUCAGUCCAUGUAA